CUUGACGUGUUUUGUUUGCUUCUUUUCAGGUUCACCUUGCUAACACAAAAACAAACAAGUCAUCUACAGUCUACAGAAAAGAUUCCUACGUUGUCUCGUUGACAACAGGUAAAUUGUUGACCCACCCUUGGCUCCCCAUGCCAGGGCAUAUGGUUUGGCAACAGCUUCAUAGUGGCUGGAUGUGACAAGAAGAUAGUGGCCAAUGGCAGGGAAGGUCACAUCCAGCAGACUUUUGACUACAGCCGAGAACACGCUGAGAAAGAGUUCACUGUGGCCACCAGUCCCAGUGGACAGUCUGUGGUCAUCGGCAGCUAUUACCGUCUUCAACUGGGGUCCUCUGAAAGGAGCAUGGGACGAAGCAUCCCCCAAAGAGAUUCCAAACCUGUACACCAUCACUGCCUUGGCCUGGAAGAAGGACGGCUCACGCCUCUGUGCAGGUACACUGUGUGGCGGAGUGGAACAGUUUUUCUGCUGCCUGUGGAGGAGCAUCUACAAGAACAAAUUUGAGAUGACUUAUGAGGGACUGAGUCGGGUGAUUGUAAAGAACCUGUCCACAGGGAUGCGGGUUGUGCUGAAAUCCCACUACAGCCAUGAGAUAGACGAGGUGAAGAUCAUGAGGAAGGACCGCUAUCUGGUGGCCCACACCUCUGACACCCUGCUGCUGGGAGACUUGUCCUCCAACAACCUGAGUGAGAGCCACAGCGUUCCUGGAGACUCUGGAGAUGUCCUCAGAGACGGAGGACAUGUGGAAAACUCUGAGCAAACUGUCCCUGGAGGCCCGCCAGCUCCACAUCGCAGAGAGGCCAGCACAGUUGGGGGCCCCACACACACGCACACUCUCCAUACAUGCCAUUGUGUGUCCCCCAAGGGUGCUAAGCAACACUGUGCUUUGCUGCCUUGGGGGAUGUCUCAAGUUCGCUUUCUGAACGAGACUAACAAUAUCGCUGACCAAUAUGGUGGUGAUGGUACAGAGUUCUACCAAGUCAAAGCACGCCUUGCCAUGCUGGACAAGAACUACAAGCUGGCAGAGUUGUACUAUAUGGAGCAGGUGCUGGAAAUGUAUCAYGAGCUUCACAUGUGGGACGACUGCAUCACUGAGGCCAAGGUAAACCAACCAACCAGCAUGAGAAGGUUGGCGAGGUCAAAGAGGGGGAGGAGGACUUCAUGGGCGUCGUCAACCUCUACCUCAAGGUGGGCCUACCAGCCAAGGCCGGCCCAGUUGAGUUCUAUGAGAGGGGAGGAGAUCUGUUUGAGAAGAUCAGGAACCACCAGAGGGCUCUGGACUGCUACCACAAGGGCCAAAGCCUUCAGGAAAGGUAGGCCUGACACAGCAGGUGGAGUUGUGGAGCUGGCUCGUGUUGCCUUCCCAACUGACGUGGUGAAACUGGAGGAGGACUGGGGAGACUACCUGGUCCAGCAGAGACAAAUGGACGCUGCCAUCAACCAUUACAUCGAGGCUGGUUGUUCCUCGAAGACCAUUGAGGCAGCUGUAGGCGCUCGCCAGUGGAAGGCGGUCCAUAUCCUGGAGUUACAGGAAGACCGGUCAGGAGGGAAGUACUACCUGAAGAUAGCCCAGUACUACGCCUCCAGCCAGGUUGCAGAGCCCCUGUUUGUGAAGAGAGACCACAUCAAAGAUGCGAUUGAUAUGAGCCUGCUCCCACCCACCGUGAACAUAAGCUGGCAGCGAAAUUUUAUGUUUUCAGAGAUUAAGAAUUACUCAAUCUCCAUGCAUAGCAAUGCAAUCGUGUGUGUGUGCCUGGAAUAUGUCGCAAACAGGCUGUUUGCGACAGUGGAGAAGCCGGACCUGGCCAUCGCUAUGUAUAAGAAGAAUAAAAUGUUUGACUACGUGAUUCGCCUGGUGGCCAAACAUCACCCAGACCUACUGGCUGACACUCACUUGCACCUGGCCAAGAGUUGGGGACAGAGUCCAGGUUUUCAGAAGCAGAGUACCACUAUAUGGAGGGCCAGGAGUGGAAGGCUGCAGUCAACAUGUAGUGUCAACGACAUGUGGGAGGGGGCCUACAGGGUACGUGUCCACACCACUAACAAAGUUGACCUGAGAGUCCAUGAUACGGCAGCCAGUGCUCAUAAGCAGGUGGCCUACCUGUGGGCCAAGAGUCUGGGAGGGGAGGCUGCCGUCAAACUGCUCAACAAGUUUGGUCUGCUGGAGACCUCCAUCGGCUUUGCAGCAGACGACUGCUCCUUUGACUUUGCCUGUGAACUGGCUCGUCUAUCCACCAAGAACACGAUCCCUGACCACCUGAAAAACGCCUUAAUGUUGGAGGAUCAGGGCAAGUUCACCGAAGCCGAGACAGAGUUCAUCAAAGCGGGGAAGCCAAAAGAGGCGGUGCUGAUGUACGUCCAUAACCAGGACUGGGUUAGAGCCCGGAGGGUGGCGGAGGUCAACGACCCAGACAGUGUGUCAGAUGAGCUGGUGGGCCAGGCCAAGUUCUGUUUUGAACAGAGAGACUUUCACAAGGCUGAGGCCUGCCUUCUCUGGCCUCCGAGGCCAGAGCUGGCCAUUUAAGACGCGGAGAUGUGGAGUGAUGCCAUGCGGAUCUGUAAAGGGUACCUUCCCAAUAAGCUGAGCGUCCUUCAAGAGGAGUACGAGAAGGAGGCUGCCAAGAAGGGCUCCCAGUCUGUGUACGGAGGGGUGGAGCAAGCUGGGGAAUGGGAGCAGUCUGGGGAGUACGCCCGUGCCGUGGAGUGUUACUUCAAGGUUAAGGACUCCACCAACGACCUCCUCGUGGAGAAGUGCUGGAUGAAGGCUGCUGAGUUGGCCAUCAAGUUCCUGACCCAGGAGAGGGCUGUGGAUGUGAUCCACGCUGUGGGCCCUUGCCUCACCCAGCUCAGGAAGUACAGUGCUGCGGCUGAGCUGUACCUCAGCCUGGACCUAAUUAAGGAAGCCAUAGAUGCAUUCAUCGAGGGAGAAGAAUGGAACAAAGCCAAGAGAGUGGCCAAGGAGCUGGAUCCAAGGUUUGAAGAUUAUGUGGACCAGUGAUAGAAACAACAUUUGAGAAACCAAGGCAAAGUGGAUUCGCUGGUAGGAGUGGAUGUCAUGGCAGCUCUGGACAUGUAUGCUGAGAGAGGCCAAUGGGCGAAGUGCAUAGAGAUCGCCUCUAAACAGAAUUACAAGAUUCUUCAAGUGUGUGUGGACUUGUACGCCGCCCACCUGAUCAAGGAGGGAGAUGGAGAAGGUGCCCCAGCCAACCCCCAGAACUACAAGAUGUUCCUGGACCUGCUGAGCCUGUUAGGUAGAGACAGCGCUGAGUCCUUCCGCAUGUGGGCCGACUUGAGAGACGUAAUGCUGCUGCUGAUGAUGGUUUAUGUGACCAGGAAUGUUUUACUCAGUUACCCUCACAGGUUUGACGAUUAUGUGGACCAGCAAUACAAACAACACUUGAGAAACCAAGGAAAAGCGGUUUCGGUCAGUGUGGCUGCCAAGCUGUCUAUCUCCCUGCUGCGCCACACAGAGUUUAUCCCAGCUGACAAGGCCUUCUACAAGGCGGGCAUGGCUGCCAGGGCUGUGGGCUAGGAGAACAUGGCCUUUAUCUUCCUGAACCACUUCCUGGAUCUGUCUAAUGGGAUAGAUGAAGGGAAUCUGGACACUCUGGACCACUCUGAUUUCCAGGACACGGACAUCUCUGACGAGCUUCCUGUCCCUGCUAAGCUACACGUCAUUAAGGAUGCCCAGCGUGAGGAGAUCCGUGACUGGGUGUUGACGGUGUCCAUGGACCAGCGGAUGGAGAAGGUGCUGCCCAAUGACGAAAGGGACACCUACGACGCCUCUCUACUGGCAGCCAACACCGGCAUCUGCUACCUGCCUUGCGUUAUCACAGGCUAUCCGGUCUUGUGGAAUAAGAUUGAGUUCAAAGGACCUGGCAAGGCAGCUAACAAGGACGACUGGAAUACAUUCGUAAUGGCCACAAGGACCACUCACAGCCCGGAGUGCCAGGAUUUACUGAAGUUUGUGAGUCUGGCGUGGCGGACUCCCCACCUUCGGCUUCUUCCACUGACAGGACCAAGAUGCUGAAAACUCCAUCUUCGUCCAGUGUACCUCAUACCCAUAACUACAGUAACUUACCAUACCGUACACUGCUUAGAGCCUCUGCCUACUUCUGAGUUAUUUAAUCCAUCCUCUCCAUCUCUGGUUUGGUUUUAGCGUUGAGCAGUUCACAUCAUUCCAUAACAAUAGACUGUUGAGAAGACCUGUUGUGUUACUGCGCCAUACAUUUCUGCAGCGCUGACAUCAGCACAGUCCUUACUGGCAUCCCAUUGGUCACUUAGUCCCUGAUGUCAGGAUUCUGUGUCACCAUGGGGAUGUCUGUAAAGUUCAGCAGAACAUUCCUCUUCUCCUCUCUGUCCUGUUUUACCUUUGAAUGUGUGUUCAUUUUCACCUAUGUUCCUGGUACUGCUGAAGGACUGGAGUAGGCUACAACCAAAGUGGGUUUUUAUUUAGUUGAGGGACUUCAAAGAUGCCUUUACACUUCAGGUGAUGUAUCUUCAUAAUCAGAAGUGCUGUUAUCUGUAAUAAGUGUGCUGUGUUCUAAAAGCAAAGUUCCUGUGUGAUAGGAGAAUUUGACAUAAUGCAAUUUAGAAUACUGUUGGCUUCAUGUAUUGUUGGAUUAAAUGCAGAUUUGAAUGUAUUUCAUAUGUUGGAAAUAUAGUUCAAUAAAAAAUAUUCUGCAUCAAUUUC